UAUAUUAUUAUAUAUUAUUGGAUGAGAAUUAAUACUUUGAAUUUUGGUGUGUUCAAAACGGUUCACAUGCAUUAGGUCAGGAAUCCUUAACAACAGACCUGUACGGUAGGUCAGUAUUAAUUGUCCUCAUGUUGUAGUUGUGGGUCUUUUAAGGUGUGUGUGUGUUCGUGUGAGGGUGGCUUACUUCUGCUGUAGCCCUGAGGUGAGAUUUCUCCUGGGGGCUUCCUGAGUCUCAUAGCUGCAAGGUUAUUAACCUACACAUGCUGCUGCUGUCAUAAUGAUAAAAAUUAUGAUAAAUAAAAACCAUAUGGUUGCAGGUUGGGGUCUAUUGCAAUAAAUAAUGGCGCCUUAGAAGAUUAACCUUGUUUAUUGUGGGUUGGGAUUUCCCAGGCUACAUACCCCACUUCAUCAGGUGACUUGAAGUGUUGCACAUUGUUGACAGCUACAGGUGCAUGGCGGUACAAGGAAAAUAAAUAAUGGGGUCAAAUUUGCAUAGAUGGGGAACUGAGGCUUGGCAUAAUGAAGUUCAUGAUGGAUCUAAGAUUUGGACUGGGGACUUGCUGAUUCAUAGUUCUAUGUCUUACUUUGAAGCUAGAUGUUGCCAUGGAGGAAAAAAAUGGCAAAAACAAAAGAAAGAAGAAGCUAGAUGUUGCCUAAAGCGAAGGACUGUCACCGAAAAGUAUUUCUAAUAAAAAAAUAGUUAUAAUUAUAGUGCUCAUACCUUAGUCAUCCUUGCAUCAACCCUGUAAGUUUGCAACUUUUGGAACACUUGCCAUUUUAGUCUGUUGCAGGAAAAACAGGCUUUUGCUACCUAGAAGAUUUUUCAGAAUAAUUGUAGUGUAAGUUCCUGUGGAGUAGAACAGUUCGCCUAAGGCCUCCUAAUGGUGUGGGACUUUCAAUCACUCUGUAGCACUUGUAAUGUGUGUAAGCACCUACUUUAUAUUUCUUCUGAGCAGGGGUGUAUUUAUUCACAUAAAGACUUCCAGGUCAGACAGUAGAACUAUUAUGCAGGCUUGAGCCUGACCACAUGUGAUUUUAGGGUGGAAACAAUGAAAAGAAGUUGAAGGAAUCUUUUAAUGUAUGUGUGUUUGGCAAUGAAAGGAUAAGACAUAAGAGGAAGAGAAACUUGAGUAGACUGGGGAAAGGAGAAAUGCUUAUUUUCCUUUAAAAGUACAGGAGACAGGAAUGUCCCCAGAGAUCAUCUGAUCAGUAACAAUCAGAGCAUGCAAAAAUGGCCUGGCAAGUGUCAGGCAAACAGCAGAUGUAAAGCAAAUAGCACGAGUGUCAUCUGCCAUAAGAACUCAGUAAGGUAGAUCAAUACUGUUACCACUAUAUUGCAAAUGGGAGCUCAGGCUAAGAAUAAUAGAUUACCUUGGAUCAAUUUAGUGAGUUUGUGGCAAAGUUGAGAUGCUGCUGAGGGGGGUGAAAGGCUUCCUGGAUCAUUGCUUUUAGUGUCUCAACCAACAUGCUACAUUAUUAAAUGCAUCUUUCCUCCAAAGAGGUCUCCAUCCCUUCAUAUUAUCUUCACAGCAGCCCUGUGAGGUAGGUUAGGCUGAGAAUUGAUGACUGGGCUGAGGUGACCCAGUGAGUUUUAUGGCUGUGUGAGGAUUUGAACCCUGGUCUCCCAGGUCCCAGUAUGACACACUAAUUUACAUGAUAGCAUGCCUGUGUGGGGCGAGUGCUGCUUCCUUGUGUAGGAGAGGUCAGGUUUCAAAGACUUUGCCUUCAUCCUAACACAGGCACGUCCAACAGGUAGAUCGUGAUCUACCGGUAGAUCACUGGAUGUCUGUGGUAGAUCAAUGGUAGAUCACUGGCUCCCCCCAAAGAAGCUCAACAACUUUGGCUCCCCUAAAAAAAGCUCAAUUUUUUUGCCCUGUACCCCCCCCCCCCAAAUGGCGCUCUCCGUCUCCCUAAAAAAAAGCUCAACAACAACUUUGAUCUGAAUGCCUUUUAAAAAGGGCCUUCCUCCUCCCAAAAAAAGCUCAACAACUUUGACUUGAACCCCCCAAAAGGGGGUAGAUCACUGCCAGUUUUAAACUCUGUAAGUAGAUCGCAGUCUCUUGGGAGUUGGCCACCCCUGUGGACCUAGCAGAAUCAGAAGUGUGGGGGUAGGGAUGCUAUUUUUCACAAAGUCAGUCUGUGUUCUUGCCCACCCUAAAUUACCACCAUGCCUGUUGUCCAGCUUGUUCUCCAUCUCUCAGCAUCGUUUUUGUCUCAUCCACUGGGAGAGAGCAACUGAGUCAGAAAGGGGUAAUAAUUAUAAAUAUAUAUUGAAGCUAAAUGGAAACAUGCCAGUAAAUCCUAGAUUUGAGAUCAAUUAGGCAAAUAAGUUUAAGAUCUUUUUUUUUAAAAAAAAAGAUCUCCACCCCAUUCAGUUCCCAGCUUUUAGGAAUAGAAGUAGGAAGUGAUGAGGUGAUGUCAAGAGGUGUUUUGGCCUGGAUGUUUGAAGAAGCAUAAAUCUAGGGGAAAGAGGUGAGCGCCUUUUUAUGGGAGCAAGGAUUGUGGCUCAUGCUUGGAUUGACAAACUUCUUCUAUUUGUACAUGUUCUUUGAAGUCCCUUUGGUUGAAAGGUGGGGUGCUGAAAACAGAUAGCAGGGAAGGGAAUUCUACUAGCCAAAUCCCACUGAUAAAGAUUUGGAUAAUCAGCCUCAUUGUGCAUUGUGAACCCCAUGGGAACAAUAAGAGAAGUGUUGAUAUUAAAUUGGUUAACCUGUGUGGAGAGGAAAACUACAGAAGUAGGUGAGGAGCUGGUGAUAAGAUGGAGGAAAGGGGCAAAAAAUGAUGGGCAGAGGUGGGGUCUGAGGAGAGCCUGGGUUGGGGUAGUGGCCUCUGAGGAUGGGGAUUGCAGGAAGUGUCCAGGCUUGCUGUUUCCUUGACCUCCAAGAACAGGUCAGUGUUCUUAUUGAAAAUCCAGUCUAGUCUGAGAAUGCUCUUGUCGUGUUAUACCCUGUGUAUGUAAAUUGGAAAUGUUUUCAUAGUCUUUUUCCUUCAAAAUAAAUAAAAAGGUUAUUUAACAAACAAAAAAAUGCUCUUGUUGCUGGCUGAAGUUGGCAUAUGAGUCAUUUGCUGUACCAUCCAUGCUGCUUUCUCAUUUGCUUCUCGGCUCAGUUUGGAUCGCUGGUUAUUUAUCUUUUAAGGCCGAAAUCCUGUACCUAACCAGGAAGGGAGUCCCAUGGAACUGCUGAGUAAACAUACAAAGCAUUUCACUGCACAGGCCCUAAAUGAUGGCAAAGAACCAAGAUGCCAAGACUCCUCUUUACUCUAGGCCAGUGGUUUUCAACCAGUGUGCUGUGGCACCCUGGGGUGCCGUGAGCAACACUGGCCUUUUUCUUUCCCUCCCUCCUCUGAUGCCCCCUCACGGCUCUGCCUUGAGAGGACGCUGAGGGAACCCUCCACAAGGGAGGGUGUUCAAAAAAGGGUGAGAGGCUGCAAGCUCUGCAGGAAAGGGGUGACAUAACUGGGCUCCUGAGCCCCACAGGGGUGCCGCAGAAAGAAUGGAGUUGGUCAAGGGAGCCGUGGACUCAAAAAGGUUGAAAACCUCUAGGCUAGCCUUCCCUUGCUGGCUGACCAGAGUAGGAAUCCGGCACCUACCUUGAGGAAGGCUGCCAGCUGCUUCUUGCCAUAUUCACAUGGCUGUUUUCUGAGGUUAAGGGGAGAGGCCUUGUUGUACAUCCUUCAACGUACCGGUACAUCUGUGGCUUGUUUAGCAGGAGCAUGUGAUAGGACCUUCUUUGUUGCUGAAUGCCCUUCCCCAAAAGAUUGAUUUGGCUGCCUUCCCGAUGACACUUUGUUCCAAGCUGAAGACUUUUUGUUGUUGUUCAAUAGGCUUUCAAUUUCUUAAAUGUUUUUAAUGUGUGUUCUUGAUCAGACUUUUUGCCCGCUUCCUAGUUGCUACACUAGUGGGUUUAUAUUUUCUGCUGGUUUAUGUAUUUAACCUUUGGUUUCUGCGUUGUUGCCUCGUGCGGUUUUUAUGGUGUUGAAUCACGUUUGCGCCAUUCUCUAGCACCUCAUUGAGUCGGCAAAGCAGGACAGAAAUAGCGAGGGAAUGGUUAUUUUGUCGGGUGAUGCGUUGGUAGCUUUGAAGGAAAUGUUCCAGAGUUGCCAAAGGGAACUUGAGACUUUUAUGCUGACGUUGUAGGCUGAAAAGAGGAAUCAAAUGAAUUAAAAAAAACUGAUAAAAAAGAACAAACCUUGACUACAGCUGGGAACUAGCAAAGAGAGGACUUGAGUAACAAUGCACUGAGUAACAUUAAGAAAACAAAAACAAACCAGCAGUAGAUCAAAAGGAAGUGCCAUAAGAUCUGCUAGCAAAUGGCUCUGAGGGGAAGAAAUGGAAAAGUACAGGGAGGAAGUAGAAACCCCCCUACAACCCCCACUACAGAUGAGCCAUUGACGGAGUCACGGAUGACACGCCUGCACACGAGAGCCAACCCUUUCACCCUCCUGCCUGAGGAUGAGCAAGCUGUGGGGCUUGCAGAAUGGUGACCUGGAGCAGAGUCUUCCCGCCAUUGCAUCCUCUCUUUCGCACAGCCCGGGCUUCUCCUCGCACCACUUCUUCUCUCCCGAGAGGAGGCGAGCCAUAUCUGACGUGCGUCGGACCUUCUGCCUCUUUGUGACCUUCGACCUUCUCUUCAUCUCGCUCCUCUGGAUAAUUGAACUGAACGCCACCAAAAGCAUCCAGGAGAAUCUGAAGUAUGAAAUCAUCGAGUACAACUUUAAAACGUCCUUUUUUGACAUAUUUCUCUUGGCUUUCUUCCGGUUUUCGGUGUUGCUCCUGGGAUAUGCUGUCUUCAGGCUCCGCCACUGGUGGGUCAUUGCGAUCACUACAUUGGUUUCCAGUGUCUUCCUGAUUGUGAAAGUUACCCUUUCGGAUCUGCUGAACAAAGGGGCUUUUGGCUAUCUCCUGCCCAUCGUUUCCUUUGUCCUUGCCUGGCUGGAAACAUGGUUUCUGGAUUUUAAAGUCUUGCCCCAAGAGGCUGAGGAAGAGCAAUGGUACCUGGCAGCUCAAGCUGCUGUGGCCCGAGGACCCUGCCUUUAUUCAGGGGCGCUUUCAGACGGACAGUUCUACUCCCCUCCGGAAUCCGUUGCAGGAUCAGAAGACUCGGAUGAUGAACUUUUGGGAAAGAGGACAUUAACUGACCAGGAAAGAGAAUAUAUCCAACAAGGCAAAGCAGCAAUGGAGGUGGUCGACCAGAUCUUAGCCCAAGAGGAGAACUGGACAUUUGAGAGAUGCAGUGAGUUUGGCGACACGGUUCACUCUCUGGAAAUGCCAUUCUACGGCAAGGUAUUCAUCCUGAAGGCAAUUCUACAAUGUCCUGCCGAGAUAGUUUACCAGGAGAUGAUUCUUCAGCCGGAGAAGAUGGUCCUGUGGAAUAAAACCUUGUUAGCAUGCCAGAUCUUGGAACGGAUUGAUGACAACACAACUGUAUCCUAUGAUGUGGCAGCUGGUGCUGCUGCUGGCGUUGUGUCACCCAGGGACUUCAUAAAUGUGCGUCGGAUUGAGAGAAGGAGAGACCGGUACAUUUCAUCAGGGAUGGCGACAGUUCACAGCGCACGUCCCCCUACUUCCAAAUACGUCAGAGCGGAAAAUGGUCCAGGUGGUUUUGUUGCUCUGAAAUGUCCCACUAAUCCGAACCUCUGUACCUUGUUCUGGAUACUCAAUACAGACCUCAAGGGCCGGCUUCCCCGCUACCUCAUCAACCAAAGCUUGAGCGCCACCAUGACGGAAUUUCUUUUCCACCUGCGCAAACGUGUUAUGGAGGUCAUGGCGAGGUCUUAGGUUCUUGGAACUCCUUGCUCUGAUGUUGCCUUUUAAGCGUGCUCAAACCCAACAAGGUCCAAAGAACUGGAGUAUCUUCCUUCUUCUUCUCCUCUCUCUUCCUGCCAGAGAACAAAGACAAUAUCUCACAGCUGACGUUCUGGAUCAGGCUGAAGAGCCUUUCCCUGUGUCUUCAGGUUGUCAGCCAGGUAAAGGGCUGAAGGUGAUGACCAAAUGGCUAGAGGGAGGUCGAGACAAAGCAGGUGGUCCGUGUCCAAGCGAAUUGGUGAGAAGCACCAAGGUGGUUUCUUUGAGCCUUUCACUGAUGAUCAAAGUUAACAUUGCUACUAGAACUUGAGCCAUGUAUGGAUUCCGAUGUGCCAAAUUCCUUCAUGAUCAUGCUUCCAGAAUCUGCUAAGUGCUUACCUGUAUAGCCCCAUUCCUUUCUCCCUGGGUGUAAUCAUGAUUUGUGUGUCCAUAAACUUAUCCAAUUGCCUUCCAUGGCGGAACAGAAGAGCACCAUCAGAUAACCUGCACACGGCUGAAGUGCAGCAGAUUAAGCCAGAAAGUGCCCCAGGCACUGCUACUGGUCGUCCACCGAUUGGCAUAGCUGUGACGGCGUCAGGAGGUUUUAUUGCCCGAAUGUUUGGAUGAAAUUUGCCUAUUGUAUGCUUGAAGAGAUAAUGCCCAGAGAGAACGAAAUCUCCUGUCCCCUGUCAAGUACAUGGUCUUCAGUGGUGCACCAAAACUGACACCUUGGCUUGAAAGCAUUGCUGUUCCCAGUUCUGUGUUGCUUUAUUUUCCAGUUUUCUCCUUCUGCCCAUGAGUAGCAAAGGCUAUGAAAUAAGCUUCCGUAGACUAAACUGACCCAGUGGUUGGUUGGUGGUUCCUGGGUUUGAUUGUGGCCUCCUCAUUCUGGAGUAGGCUUCAAAUGUUAGUAAUGGAGGCCAAGACCUAUAAUCAGUUCUAUUGACUUGUUCAAUAUAUAGAGAGGCCAGAGCCCUUAUCUGCCACUCCUGUGUGUGUGUGUAGUGGAGGAGGAGCAUCCUUGGAAACUUCCUGCCUGGUGCCUAUCGGAGCUAAGCCUUGAAAGCAGCCUGUUGUUUCAUGAAGCCUGAGCUGGGUUUGCCAUAGAAGUGAGACUAGUAUAGACCUAUCACCAGAGCAGUUGUUUAUUGUUAACCUCCUUCCUUCACUCCCCAAAGUCCUUAAGUUGCCUUCCUCUGCUCUCCUGCAUUCGCUGUUGAUAACCAGUAUUCUCCAGGUGAAAAACUGCGUAGCUCAUGAAUCAAUCUUCAGAGCCUUGAGUUCUGUGUCUCUCUCCCCACACCCCGCCUUGCUUGGGUGUAGAAAGCUGGAGAUGUGGUAGACAUAACAUCUAUAGGCCUUUUGGUCUGCCAUUGACUGAAUUUGCCUUGAGUGGAAUCGGCAUUUCCAAUCCCUUCAAAGGAUCAGCUUUGGGACACAGGAGGGUGGGGCAGAAGUGAAAUGCCUUUGCUUCAACAUAAUAAGUGCAAUAAUCCUGGCACAGAGCUAACGUGCAACGUACCAGAAGUGUCCAAAGUUCUCGGCCUCAAAUGUCAGCUGUUGUCCAAGCCAUUUGGGUUAAACCACACUGACUCCUGUGAUUCUCCACUGCAUUGAGGCAGCUUUCAGCAGAAGUAGUAUGGGGGAUUGCACAGAGAUUGCAGCCUUAAAGCAGAUAUUUUUUUGUUCUCUCCCAAUCCCACUGCAGUCUGGCUCGUAUGGGUGGGAGAUGACUUCUCGAGCGAUUCCUGCACUUUUAAAGGCUCUAGAAUCAGAAUUAGUCUUGUAGCAAGAGUCACACAUGGGUGCUUGCUCACUCGGUGCAUUUUAAGACCCCAAGGCAGGACUUGAAAUCAAAAGGUUGAAAUGAGAGCAAAUAAAUAUAUAUAUUCUGCACUGGAUUUCUUGGGAGGAGUAAACUGCACGCCUGGCUUACCCAACAACAGGGCAACUAGCAUGUGUGCCAGACCUGUUCUUGCAGGCGUAUUUUCAGCAGUGGAGCCCCCCCUCACUUUUGUAUACUGGUUUCUCCCCUUUACCUUGCCUCUGUUUGUGUGUUUUGUGCAGUGGGUGGAACUUGUAGGAAGUCCUGUCCCCUCCAUCUGAUAUCUUUGUCGGAAUAGGGAGGCUUAUAAGAGGCUUUUUCCUAUUGCAGUUGUGGGGGGGGGGAGUUUCCAGACACCACAAUAGGCUUCCAGGGAUGAAAAAGAGGCUCACCAUCCAGGGAAAUGGUCUGAAGUGACUCACUUUACAAUAUUUCUGCAUUUUUUGCUGGCAUCGGAGAUUUGCAGGAGUUCCCGUUUCUAAGAAUCGGCUAUUAAUCUUAUUAAAGCGCCUUGGGUUGUUCGUAAGCAUUUCAAAUGGACUGUGAAAAGGGAGGCUUACAGACUUCGUGAAUCUAAUGCACAGAAACUGUUUUCUUUGAUGUGUGCGUGGGGAGUGGACCUGCACACCUCAUUUAAAAAGCCACUUGAAUAACACAUAUGCCUUUUGCAUUGAUUCUUCGUUACUUGAUCUAAUAAAAUCUAGUGACAACUUUC